CCUUAAUCAACUUUUCUACCCUAAUCCAUCCUUCUAUGCGUUUUGCUCCUCGAGUAUCAUUGAAACUACGAACACGACCAAAUCAACACACACGAUCUCUAUUCCAUACCAGAAAAUUCCAUUCCACCAUGCCUCUAGUCGUUCCCCAGGUCAACUCUGGCGAUAAGAACGAAUGGCUCAAUAAGCUGGCCGGGAAGACGAUCACGGAGGGAACGAGUGAUGUUACUUCAUUUGCGAAGAAGGAUUUGCCCGAGUCUCAUCGGAUUCUUAAACCUGGCGAUAUGAAGACGAUGGAUUAUAAACCUGAACGGUUGAACGUACACUUGGAUGACAAGGGAACUGUUCAUGAUGUUAACUUCGGUUAAGGCUAUGAUUGUCUACGAUAAUGUAUAAGUAUGACUGUGGAUGAUGAAUGUUAGACGAAUACGGUGCAUGGAUAGAUUCAUCUGUGAUGGGCCACGACUA